AUGGACACCGCAAACCUGAUCAGAAUAAGGGACAAUCAGAGAAGGUCUCGCGCUCGUCGAAAAGAGUACGUUAAAGAGCUCGAACGACGCUUAAGGAUUAUCGAGCGCAAGGGCGUUGAAGCUUCUUCCGAAAUACAGCAAGCUGCUCGGAAAGUAGCCGAGGAGAAUAAGAAGCUACGCGCCCUGCUUUUGAGGCAGGGGCUCACGCGUGAAAGGGUUGAUGCACUCUUGCACACAGACAGCUGCGUUGCAAUCCACCCUCCAGAUCAAGGCCCUUCUUGCCACGCCGAAACGCGAGUAAUCCAGGGGCUUUUCGAAGAACACCCUCGAGGGCCACCUCCACCUCUCGAGUGUACACCCCAUGCACCUAGCUUUGCGAUGGACACCGCCAGACCUAUGGACGACACCGAUGCUAUGGGAGGCAUGAUAGGCGGCGAGUUGGGCCUUGCCCAUCUUCCCCUCCAGAUACGCUCAACCACCCAAUACCUUGCGGGCACAUCAUCUUCGGAACUCACCGCUUUCAGUGUGAGUGGCCCAGAAUAUGCGUCUUGUGCUCUAUCCAUCUCGCCAGAAGCUGGGGCGGCAGAAGCCUCCCAUCGAGUUCAGCCGUAUACUUCGACCGCCACUGCUGGACAGAUAAACAGAGUACCACGCGAUAGGUCGAGAGCUUCUGCUUACUCUGUGCUGCCGCAAACCUUCGACACCCAAGAAAACUCUAUCGAUGGCCAGAUGUCCCAUGGCAACCGGGCAUUGCUCCGGCAACAUGAGCCAGAUAUGUCUCUGAAAGAGAUUGUGCACUACCCGUCGUACGGUACGAUGCCAGUCGGUUGCGCAAACACAAAUACAUAUGCCACUUCGAUCAUGGGUCUAGAUGACGGCCAAUACAUUGAUUUUGCUAUUCGCAACCUUUGCGGCGCCGCUGGUACCGUGGGCAAAACCAAUGCCCGAAUCGCGGCUUUUGAAUCGGUACUAGGGUCGGCAGCGGGCGCUGGGUCCCUAGAAGCAUCCUGA